UUUGCAGUUCUUUUGUUUUGUUGUUGUUUUUGUAGAAGCAGAGUCUCACUUUAUCACCCUUGGUAGAGUGCUGUGGCAUCACACAGCUCUUAGCAACCUCCAACUCCUGGGCUUAGGCGAUUCUCUUGUCUCAGCCUCCCAAGUAGCUGGGACCACAUGUGUCCGACACACACCUGGCUAUUUUUUGUUGCAGAUUGGCUGAGGCUGGGUCUGAACCCACGACUCUUGGUAUAUGGGGCCAGUGCCCUACUCAUUGAGCCACAGGCCCCACCCUCUAUUUUGCAGUUCUUACUAGCACAUUCCUGAGACUGGGUACAGGAAAUCUACGGCUACCCAUUGGGCUCUCUGAUAGGGCAGGAUGCUCCAACCAGGUCUGUGGGCCCUAUCUUGUUUUCUGAUGAUCUCUGGAGAGCCUCCUGAGGAGGUUAACAUUUCAAACUGGAUGGGAACCAAGCGUAGACUUUCUGAACAGCAUGAAUCAACGUAUGGUGGAAUAAGACCCUGUGUUUCCAAUCAGAGUAGGCUUAGGGCACUUAUAGAAAUAGACCCGAGAGAUGAGCCCUGGGUGUGAUGAAGUUACUAGGAAGAAUUCUGGAAAUAAUGGCAUAGCUGGGCUACUUCCUCAUUCAGAUAUCAGUUUACAUCACCUCUUAAGGAGCAAUGCCUCCUGGGGACUCCCAUCAUACCACCCUAAUUCUGUCGGUCUGAGGGUACUUAGCACUACUGAUCUUUCCCUUUGCUGUUUACUGUCUACCCCCUCCCAGCCUUAAGAACAAAGGCUAUUUUCUGUUGUAUUGCUGCUGCCUAAAGCAUUGCCUGGCACACAGUAGAGUAAAAAUUAGCUGUUAAGGGUGGCAUCUGUGGCUCGGUUCAGUGCCCACCCCAUUUACCGAUGGUGGUGGGUUCAAACCCGGCCCUGGCCAACUGCAACAACAAAAUAGCCAAUGUUGUGGCAGGCGCCUAUAGUCCCAAUUGCUUGGGAGGCUGAGGCAAGAGAAUUGCCUAAGCCGAAGAAUUGGAGGUUGCUGUGAGCUGUGUGACACCACGGCACUCUACUGAGGGCGAUAAAGUGAGACUCUGUCUCUACAAAAAAAAAAAAAAAAUUAUCUGUUAAAUGAAUGAGGAGUAUUUAGGUAGAAGCGGCAGUAAGGAGAGGCUGGAUAAUUCAAGUGGCAUUGCUUUGGAGUUAGUCUGUAGCAAAAUAGCAAUAGCUAAUAUUACAUAAUGUUUACUAAAUGCCACGUAGUAUUUCAGUUCUUACAUAUUAAUUGAUUUACUCUUCAGAAUAACUAAAAAACAUAUCACGAGGGUAUAGCUGUAGAUUAACUUGUCUAGGGUCACAUAGUAAGUGGAGGAGGUAGAAUUUAAAUUAAAACCCAGCUCUGUCAUCCCAGUUUCUUUAUCUAUAAAAUGAGGAUAAUAAUAGUACUUGCCUCUUGAGUUCUAUGUAUUAAGGAGAUACCGCCUGGUAUUUUGGUUUUGUUUUUUGUUUUUGAGUGCACAUAAUAAGCUGGGGGUCAGGGAGAGAGAAACAUUCUUACAGCCUACAGGGAAGGAGCUGGUAGAGGGAGAUUCAGAAAGCCAGAAAAGAAACCGGAGGACCAGCGUGGAUGAAGGAGGGGCUGCCUCCUGGUCCAUACCAAUUUGAGAAUAAAGGUAGGAGUGGACACCUUGGUAACUAGUGGCCUAAGUGUACACCAGAAUGUAGGUUCUAUAGGCAGGCCUUACUGUCUGGCUAGCUCUGUAAGUGCCUCUUACAUGUCUAGGUAUGAGAAUUAAGGUGAUUCUUGUCUGCUGGACUCUUACUUGGAAAGUACAAAGUGUUUUCUUUUUUUUUGGCCGGGGCUGGGUUUGAACCCACCACCUCCGGCAUAUGGGACCAGCGCCCUACCCCUUUGAGCCACAGGUGCCACCCUACAAAGUGUUUUCUAAGCAGAGGAAAGGGAAAGAAGACUGGAUAGUUUAGUGGAAGGCAGGCGAGAAGGCAGGGACACUCUUAAACUCCAAAGGACUAGGGCUGGCGCGGUGGCUCGCCUGUAAUCCUAGCACUCUGGGAGGCCGAGGUGGAUGGAUUGCCUGAGUUCACAAGUUUGAGACCAGCCUGAGCAAAAGUGAGACCUCCAUCUCUACUAAAAGUAGAAAAACUGAGGCAAGAGGAUCAGUUGAGUCCAAGUGUUGGAGGUUGCUGUGAGCUAUGAGGCCAUGGCACUCUCCCCAGGGCAACAGCUUGAGACUGUCUCUCAAAAAAAAAAAAACAAACAAAAAAAACACUCCAUGGGCCGUGCCUGUGGCUCAGUGAGUAGGGCGCCAGCCCCAUAUGCCGAGGGUGGUGGGUUCAAACCCAUCCCCGGCCAAACUGCAACCAAAAAAUAGCCAGGCGUUGUGGUGGGCACCUGUAGACCCAGCUGCUCGGGAGGCUGAGGCAAGAGAAUCGCGUAAGCCCAAGAGUUAGAGGUUGCUGUGAGCAUGUGACGUUAUGGCACUCUACCAGAGGGCGAUAAAGUGAGACUCUGUCUCUACAAAAAAAAAGCCUCCAAAGGACUGAAUUAAGAGGUAAGUAAUGCUCACAGUUAAUAGCACUAGGUUGGCUCCCGGUUCUCUGCUAGUGGCGCGGAUUGGACUCAUGGCCCGGGCGUGAUGGUAGUGGGCACGGGCACAUCGCUGGCGCUGUCCUCUCUCCUGUCCCUGCUGCUUUUCGCUGGGAUGCAGAUGUACAGCCGGCAGCUGGCCUCCACCAAGUGGCUGACCAUUCAUGGGGGCCUGCUUGGCUCUGGCCUCUUCGUCUUCUCUCUCACUGCCUUCAAUAAUCUGGAGAAUCUUGUCUUUGGCAAAGGAUUCCAAGCAAAGAUUUUCCCUGAGAUUCUCCUCUGUCUCCUUUUGGCUCUUUUUGCAUCUGGCCUCAUCCACCGAGUCUGUGUCACUACCUGCUUCAUCUUCUCCAUGGUUGGUCUGUACUACAUCAACAAGAUCUCUUCCACCCUGUACCAGGCAACAGCUCCAGUCCUAACACUAGCCAAGGUCACAGGCAAGGGCAAGAAGAAAAACUAACUUUGAAUGUUCAAUAAAGUUGAUUCUUUUUA